GGUCUUGUGCGUGGAUCACGUGGAGCUAGCGCGCGGGUCCCAACUCAGAUGGUGUCGGCAGCAGCCGGGAGCUUGGUGUUUCUGGCUGUGCUUCUUCCCCCGCGGCUCCGAGAAGCGGGAUCGGGAGAACCAUGCUCUUCCUUCUGUGUCUGCUCUUGACUCUCCCAGCUGCUGUUGAUGGCACCUGUGACACCAGAUGACCGGGCAGCUUUCCCUCACCCAGCAGUUCUGCCCCACCAGCUUGUGUUGCUCAUUUCAGCUCAGUUCUGACGUGAGCCAGAGUGAGCACAGACCCCACAGACACAAGCCUGCUGUAUUGUGAUGAUGCCGAGUCCAGGUGUGUACCUCUGCCCGUGGACCUUACCAGAGGUGCCUCUGAACCAGCACAAUGGCAGCUCCAGUCAACAAGGCACCCAGAGAUGCCGAUUUGUGGUCCUUGCACGAGAAGAUGCUGGCACAGCCCCUGAAGGACAGCGAUGUCGAGGUUUACAACAUUAUUAAGAAGGAGAGUAACCGGCAGAGGGUUGGACUGGAGCUGAUCGCCUCUGAGAACUUUGCCAGCCGGGCUGUUCUGGAGGCCCUAGGCUCUUGCCUGAACAACAAGUACUCUGAGGGGUACCCAGGCCAGAGGUACUAUGGUGGGACGGAGUUCAUCGACGAGCUAGAGGUCCUCUGUCAGAAGCGAGCGCUGCAGGUCUAUGGCCUGGACCCCCAGUGCUGGGGGGUUAACGUCCAGCCUUACUCAGGCUCCCCAGCAAACUUCGCAGUGUACACGGCCCUGGUGGAGCCCCAUGGCCGCAUCAUGGGCCUGGACCUGCCGGAUGGGGGCCACCUGACCCAUGGGUUCAUGACCGACAAGAAGAAGAUUUCUGCCACGUCCAUCUUUUUUGAAUCUAUGCCCUACAAGGUGAAUCCCGAUACCGGCUACAUCAACUACGACCAGCUGGAGGAGAACGCCCGCCUCUUCCACCCGAGGCUGAUCAUUGCAGGGACUAGCUGCUACUCCCGGAACCUGGACUACGCUCGGCUGCGCAAGAUCGCUGACGACAACGGGGCGUACCUCAUGGCCGACAUGGCACAUGUCAGUGGGCUGGUGGCGGCCGGUGUGGUGCCUUCGCCCUUCGAGCACUGCCACGUGGUGUCCACCACCACCCACAAGACCCUGCGGGGCUGCCGCGCCGGCAUGAUCUUCUACAGGAAGGGAGUGCGCAGUGUGGACCCCAAGACAGGCAAAGAGACUCGCUACAACCUGGAGUCGCUUAUCAACUCUGCUGUGUUUCCAGGCCUGCAAGGGGGACCCCACAACCACGCCAUUGCUGGGGUCGCAGUUGCUCUGAAGCAGGCCAUGACUCCAGAGUUCAGAGCCUACCAGCGCCAGGUGGUGGCCAACUGCAGGGCUUUGGCUGAGGCCUUGAUGGGACUGGGCUACAGAGUGGUCACAGGGGGUUCUGACAACCACUUGAUCCUCGUGGACCUCCGCUCCAAAGGCACAGAUGGUGGCAGAGCAGAGAAGGUGCUGGAAGCCUGCUCCAUCGCCUGCAAUAAGAACACCUGCCCAGGUGAUAAAAGCGCACUACGGCCCAGUGGGCUGCGCCUGGGGACCCCAGCACUGACCUCCCGAGGGCUCUUGGAAGAAGAUUUCCAAAAGGUCGCCCAUUUCAUUCACAGAGGCAUAGAGCUGACCCUGCAGAUCCAGGACGCCGUAGGGGUGAAGGCCACCCUGAAGGAGUUCAUGGAGAAGCUGGCAGGAGCCGAGGAGCACCAGCAGGCUGUGGCAGCCCUCAGGGCAGAGGUGGAGAGCUUCGCCACCCUAUUCCCGCUGCCUGGCCUGCCUGGCUUCUAGAGGAGCGCCUGCCUGCCCAGGGACCCAGCGCCCUGCGGGCCCCACACAGGCCCUCCUGAAGGCCUCUUUUCAGAAUUUGCUACCUUUUUUACCUGCUUCACAAAUCAACAUUUAAAGCUCCUGGGACAAGUUAUGAAGGAGUAUAAAUCUGAACCUCACCUUCUUGCAGCUUCAAAUACAGUUAUCAUGGGAAAAUGGAAUACAAUUUAGCCAUUCCACCUUAAUUAUCCAGACGAGUGUGGGCACAGCUACUGGGAAGACACUGGGACCUUUACCCCCUCUUGAUCCCCUGGGCUUCCCAACACUGUGACAAAUAGAAGCACUGAGCUGCAGCUGGGAGAAGCUGCUAUGACACCAGACAAGGGCUCAGCUCUGAUGUGGGUGAGGAGGGAGCGUCCUGGCCUGUGCUUUCAACCAGAAUCCCAAGUCAGAUGAUUUUGUUCAGGUGCCACCCAGCUAAGUGGGAGUCCGGCUCUCACACCUGGGGAGGAGGGGGACGUGUGUGGUUUCCUCUCCCAGUCUGGAACAGGCGACCCUGGAAGCCAGUCUGGAGCCACCAAGGUCCAGAUGACCAUCUCCCUCCCCUGAUCAGGAAACCAGAGGUCACCUUCCCAGAGAAACUUUAUUUUCCACAAAUAUCAAGUGCAAAACAUAGAUGACCAUUUUUAAUAAGCACAGUCCAAUUUUUAACCACAGGAUGUCUACAAGAAUUAUAGUUUUAAAAAAUACAACCAAUUUUUAUAUUUCAAAAAUAUCUCAACUCAAAUAAAUUAAUUUCUUAAAAAGUA